ACGAUGUCGCAUCGCGAAAUACUGCAGUCGAUCCGGGAGGACGAUUUCGUCGAAUAUUUCCUAUUUCCCACCCGUCCAUCCGAUCCUGCCGAUGUGGAGCUGGAGAAUAGUGAAAACUCGCUGGAGCCACUCCUUCUGGAGGUAAAUCGGUUGGCGGAGGCAUUUUGCCAGCGGUACAUCUGGCAUCGUGAUUCGUUUCGGGUGGUUCCAAGGCUACUGAACGAUUCGCGGAUGCUCAUCGAAGCAGCCACGGGGGAGAACGGUUCAUCGAGCGCAACACUACCAUCUCAUCUGUACGGGAUUUCCCAUGUCGGUGACAACAUUCAAGAUGAGUGGUUCAUUGUCGCACUGUUGUUCCAUCUGACUGAACGUAUCCCCGGGCUGGUGGCGCGUGUUGUAGAUGCGGAUGGAGAGUUCCUACUGAUUGAAGCGGCUGAACAGUUACCCCGUUGGGCAAAUCCGGAAAGCUGCGAGGGUAAAGUUUUUAUAUGCGAUGGAACAUUGCGACUGGUGGGGUCAAAUGAACGAGCAAACGAAGCGCAAGAACAUUUAGAGGUGCAUGAUGCGCUCGAAGUGGUUAGAGGAACGGAGGGGAUGAAAUAUUGCGUCAGCGAAGAGGUGGACCAAUGCAUACGCGAAAGGAUUCAGGGUUUCCCGGAUGAAGUUCCGGAGCAUCAGCACCGAGCGACGGUUAAUGUGCCCGUUGGCGUAGCGGCGGUUUUACGUGAAAAUCCCCAGCUCGUGGCACCGGCAGUGUUGGCAUUUUGCGGUCGAGAUCCAAUUGAUCUGAAAGCAUGCCGUGCCAUGCGAUAUUUUCCACCGGAGAAUUGUGUGAACGUUAGUGUUACGUUCACGAAAUGUUUGUAUGCAAUGCUUGCCCAGAGCCGCUACCUGCCGGACCGGAGAACCGGCUGGAGCAUCCCACUGUCCACCGAUCCGGAGUAUAAAGCGUACAUGCUGGGCGUGAAGCUGGCCUGCGGGUUCGAGAUCUUAGCGUCACAGGCAAAAUCCUCCCGCACCGACUGGGAAACGGACAAAGGGUGGAAGAGUUACUACGAAUCGCUCAAAGCAAAAGGAUACUUCCGUGACAAUAUCGAGGGAUCACAAGAGCACACAAAACUGCUCACCAUCGCGCGUGAGUACUACGUGGACAACCGGGAUUCGAUGCGUUCCACACCGAAGAUUGGCGAAGAAAUUGUUUCCAUUCUGAAACGCAACGAAUGGGAUGUGGAGGAACUGCGCAAAGAGGGUCUAGAGUUGCCACCAGCGGACAGUGACGAUUGGAUGAACAUUUCACCUGAAGAACUAGAUCAAUUGCUUACCAAGCGGUAUGGGGCCAAGAAGCUUUUCUCGUUGAACGGUAACACAAAUGCGGCAGAAACGUUUACCUCAAUGGUUAGCGACUUCCUGGACCAGAAGAGUGAAUUUGAUGGCGUGGUUGUGGAGGAAGCAGACGAGAAAGCGGCCAAGGCAGUAUUGGCUAAACUCGAUCUGGGACCACUUAAAUCACCCUCGAAACCGAAACGCACCAAAAGUAAAAACGCACACGAUCGACAGACGAAAACGACACAGCAGCACAACAAACACACGUCAUCGUCGGACACGAUGGCACAGGAAUCGCCGUUCCAUCAGUCGGCAACGGUCGAGUUCGAUGCCGGUGCCUUUGGAAUGCACGUACGAAAUAUGCUCGAUUUGCUCAUACCCGAGGACCGGUGGGAUUCGUCCGACGAGUCGGAAAUGAGCGACUACAGCCAGGAUGAGUUCGAUCGGAACAUUGAGGAAAUGUCACCGACGCGAACGCAUCGUGCCGUACAGAACGGACUGAAGACGUACAUGGAUCAGAUGGAUCGCGAACUUGCCGGCACUACUAUUGGGAAGAGCUUUGAAACUGCUAUCGAUGAUGAAGAUGGGCCUGAGGGUAAACCUUCCGCUUCGGCUGACUCGACCGCUGCGGAUGAUUUCGAUGACAUUGAGUCAUUCAAACCGGUCAACAUCGAUAUGAACACGUUGAAGAAUAUGAUGGAAAGCUACCAGUCGCAGAUCGGUGGUCCCGGUCCGGCGGCCAACCUACUCGGUUCGAUGGGAGUACAGAUCUCGAAAGCAUCCAAGCCAGAGAAAGGAAGCACACAGCAGACUGAUGUCUAA